AUGGAACAUCCAAGUUUCUCUGAAGCUGGUGCGGAACCUGGUUUAGAAAUAUGGACUAUUGACAAAUUUGAGCCGGUCGCAAUAGACUCCAAAUUGUAUGGUAAAUUCUACAAUGGGGAUUCGUAUAUUGUAUUGAAGACAAGCGGAACUGACCAGACGAGUCUGUUCUACGACGCCCAUUUCUGGAUCGGCGAGAACACCACACAGGAUAAAAAGGGAUCGGCCGCCAUUUUGACUAUAACCCUGGAUGAUAUGCUUGGAGGGAAAGCUGUACAUCACCGGGAGGCACAGGGAUACGAAUCCAGCUUAUUCUUGGGCUACUUCAAACCAGCCAUCAGGUACCUGGAAGGCGGUAACGAGUCAGGGUUCAACCAGGUCGUGACGAAUGCUGGUGCUGAGAAGAGACUUCUCAAGCUAACUGGCACCGAAAAUAUGAGGAUCAAAGAAGUUCCAGCUGAAGCUUCAUCCCUUACGAAAGAACACUGCUUUAUUUUGGAGGUGGAGCAUGAUAUUUUUGUCCUCAUGCCUGAAGGCGCCAGGGCCACACAGAGAAGGAAGAUCAUCAGCGUUGCCAAUAGGCUCAGAGAUGAUGAGCACAAUGGAAGAGCCACCAUUGAAAUCAUUGACGAGUUCUCCUCAGACGAAGAUGUGGCUUUGUUCUUCGAAGCUCUUGGCUCUGGAUCCAAGGAUGAGAUUGAAAGCGAUGACUCUGCUUCUAAUUAUAGUUAUGAAAGAGAGAACAUAUCAGCUGUCUACUUAUAUAUGGUGUCAGUUGGGGAUGAAUUGGAACUGGACGAACUUAACAAACCAUUUAAGCAAACCAAGCUUUCUUCUGAGGAUAUCUUCAUCUUGGACACGCCGUGCUCUGGAGUCUACGUCUGGAUAGGAUCUGAUGUCAGUUCGGAUGUCAAGAAGACCUACAGUGAAAUCGCUGAUAAGUACUUGGAAAUGAAGAGUUAUCCUACUUGGGUAAAUGUAACCAUGGUCGCCCAAGGUUCAGAGAGCUCCAACUUCAAGCAGUACUUCCACAACUGGGACUCCACUGGUGCUUAUCGCUCCAGGGCAGUGACUGACAGUGAUGCUGGCUAUUACUCCGAAGACCAAGAACACGCUACUACUGCUGCAAAAUUGAUCGGGAAGAGCGCUGCAGCCAGGGGUUACAUGCCUGACCAGGGCGACGGGAAGUUCAAUAUUACAAGGUUAUCAAAUGGAAAUGAAGACGUGACCGAGCAAUUUACAGAAGACUUGUCUGUGCUGUAUCAGAACGAGGUGUACUUGGUCAAGUACGAGUACACAAACUCUGAAGGCGCUGACGCCACAGUGGUGUACUGUUGGAUCGGUUCCGACGCGAGUGAAGAAGACAGGACAACAGCCUUCGACAAAGCAUAUGAGUUGGAGAAUGAUAUCGAAGGUAACGUGGCCCUCGUGAAAGUACCCCAAGGGAAGGAACCGAAGCAUUUCUUGUCUAUCUUCAAAGGCAACCUAGCGAUAGUGUUCGGAGGAACCGAAACUGAUAACAAACCUACAAACAAAAAUGGCUCCUAUGAAGAUGACAAUACGAGAUUGUUCAGAGUGGAAGGCACUGCGCUCGGAGUGGAUAUGCGCGCAUCCCAGGUCCCAGAGACAGCUGACUCUCUGGAAGAUGACGAUGUCUAUGUGUUGGAGACUAAGGACAUUAUCUACUUGUGGAGUGGAAAGGAGUCCACAGAAGAUGAACAAGAAGCAGCAAAGAAGUUUGUGAAGACGGUAGUAGGAGAAGAGAAAGAACUUACGGAGGUGGCGCAGGGAGAAGAACCUGAUGAAUUCUGGGAUGCCCUGGGAGGCAAAGUUGAAGAGAAGGAGGAUGCUUCUGGCUGGAAGCAGACAGUGAACAGGAGGGUGACGACACCUCGCACUCUAUCUUCAGCCACGGUGACUGUCAGUGGCAAGAUAAAGUUUGAAGACUUGGACACUGAAUAUACGCAGCAGGAUCUCUCCGAUGAUGGAGUAUUCAUCCUGGAUACUGGUGAAGAGCUGUACGUGUGGCAAGGAGCGAACAUUCCAGAACGUUACAAGGCAGCCAGGAGUGACAUUGUUAAGGAAUAUAUUGAAGACGACGGCCUGGAACGCACCGUCGACUCUGCUUUGGUUGUCUUUGUGAGACAAGGGGAGGAACCCGGCGUGUUCAAGAAACUAUUCCCAGAGUGGGAUAACGAUCUGUGGGAGAAUUUGACAUCUUACGAUGACAUGAAGAGUGAAACUAAAGCUGCAAACUCCAAGUGA